AUGCUGCCACCCGUCGAUGAAGCCGUUUUUGAGAGCAACCCAGAUUUUGCCAAGCUCUACAGGUCUCUCACCAGCGAUGCCCUGAGCCCGGAUGGCUCCACCAAGAAUGACCCGACAGCCAAGCAACGGAAUGCAGUCCGCUCCGAACUGGAGUACGUCCGUCUCGAGGAGACCAAAAAGCACAUUUUGAGACAUGCCCUCAGGACUGCCACACCGCCGGCCUCUCAACCCCCCAAACAGCUCCAUCGACGGACAAAGUCCCAGCUUUCUCGCACCUCGUCACAGGAUGCUUCACAGCUACCGCCAGAGCUGGUGGACUUGAUACUUCUGCUGCCUGCAUUUAUUGAUCAGGCGCAGACUACCAAUGGUGCUGACUUGGAGCUUCUUCUCUCAACACCUCCUUUCUCGGACUUGCCAGCGCUUCUACCCCAGUUCACCCCUGUAAUCUCAUCGCACCUCACAUCACAGGCCAGCACUCUAACCAGAGUCAUAAACCCGUCUACCAACCCAUCAUUCAUCCACCGCUCUAUACCACAGCUUCUCCCUUCAACCCAGGCCCUACUAGCUACACUAUCGGAGAAGCGAUCGGCUCUGACUUCUUCUCGGCUGUCGACGACAUCAAAUCUAGUCGCCCACUUAAAUCAACACACCGAAGCCCUAGUGCUUCUGCUUCGAGCCCUGGAGGCUAAACAUGGUCCCUCUGCUCACUCCACGGCCCUGCGGGCCUCGGAAGCCAAUCUAGAGGCACAGCUCUGGGCCACCUCCCUAAGCCUACUCCUGUGGGAGACCCGGGCAACCAUCUACCCGCCAGAGUCCCAGGUUGCGCUGAAAAACUACAGGCGCCAUCUAAGAGAUGCUCAGAUGCAGCUCGAGAACAAGAUGCGCACGCGGGAGCAGGAGCUGGGCGAGUAUGGCGUCCACCUCAGCAUCGAAGAAGGGGGCUUGGGCAUCGGCAAGGCUGACGAGGCCAGAGAGCGCACGUUUCGGGAGAUGGCCCGCGUCUGGAGAGAGAUGGAGGGUAGACUGAAGGAAAUCAGACGAGACCUCAAGAGGCUGGAUCGGAGCUAA